UCGCAAGCCAUUCAAAAGGCAACAAAUCAAGCUAUCUCCUCUGCCUCCGGUCCCCCGGUUGCGCCAUGGCGCUACAGCUACAGGGCGCCGGCCCGCGUCCGCCCCUACCACUCGCCGCCUCCCGCUGCCGUCUUGCUCCGCUGGCGCCUCCCCUCGUCCGCCUGGCUGUCGCCUCCUCAAGCUCGCCCCCCUCCCUGCGCCUCUCCUGUCGUGGCCCCGCGCCUCGCUGGCGGCGGGCGAGCGUGAGGGCGCGCGCUGGGGCCGGCGGCGGCCGGCGGAGGGAGUCCCCGUACGAGGUGCUCGGCGUGUCUCCGUCGGCGGCGCCCAACGAGAUUAAGCGCGCGUACCGGCGCCUCGCGCUCAAGUACCACCCGGACGUCAACAAGGAGCCCAACGCUCAGGAAAAGUUUCUGCGGAUCAAGCACGCUUACAACACUCUGAUGAACUCAGAGAGCCGAUCCAAGUACGCGAGCAGCAGUUCAGAUUCGUCUUGGUCCUCCUCCAGCUCCAGGGAGAGCAAAUCAACUGCUGCAGAAGAGCCGUUCUAUGGAUUUGUGGUUGUGCCUUUUGCAGCGGAAUUCCUUAAAGAUCUGCAAACAGAAUUUCAGAACUGGGAAGCUGGGUUAAAUUCAGAUCAGAAACCUAAAAGCCUUUGGGAAGAAUUGGCAGCAAUUGGCGAGGAAUUCGUAGAAUUUCUGGAAAAUGAACUGAAGAUUGAUGACUCCAGCCCUAGUGGCAACACGGGAAAUGAUCCAUACACGCAGUUUGGAGGGCAAGCAAAAAAUGCUAGGGACGAAAAGACGUCAACAAACAGUUUUGAUGAUGGUGUUUCUGAAAUAGAGGCCGCUCUUGAGAAGCUGAAGAAGGAACUUGGACUCGGCUAAACCAUUGAUGUGGCAACUAAAGCUUUAUUGAUCUUGCUGCUUUGCUACUGACUUCAUGUUCAUACAAAGUUGUUUCUUGUAUGUAACUGUUGGUGAUGCUCAUUAGUGAUUGUGAUCUAGUUGAUAGCUCAUGCGCUCAUACAUUCAGCUUUCAUGAAUGUUGCUGAUACCUAGCUGCAGCUUUUUUCGGAAAGCACAACGAUAAGAUAUUUGAGUGCCUUCAAAACUUUUGGGUAAAAAAGUUCUGAUUUUCGCAUGUUGGGGUAAAAAAUAAAGGUUGUGCACUGCCAUCACCACCUAUAGUUCAUUUAUAUUUA